AACACACCCGUUCGCCGGGCCAAAGCUCCAACUUCCUCACCACCUGGAACCCACAACUCGCUCAAUGUGAAAUCCGUGAACGUCGCAAUCAUGGAUCUCUUAGCAGCCCGUGAUCAGGAGAAUCAAGUGCAUCGCAUGCACGCCGCCGCCGCUGGAAAGGCCGGUAUGAAGGCUUUGGGCGCCAAAACACCAGCAAACAAAGCUCCCAAGACACCCUUCAAGGUGCCGCUCAAUGACGAAAAUGCUGUUGGCAUGCCCGGAAAAUCCGUUCUCAAGACCAAUGGGAAAGGAAACAUCCCCAUGACCGUGAAGAAAAAUGGGAAGCUCGACACAAACUCCUUCGUUACCCCGGCUGGCCCCCGGUCGCGUGCUCCUCUUGGAAUGAAAACUACGAAUGCCAAAGCUGCCGCCUUCCAGACCCCAGGUGCCGUCUCAUCUGCCAAGACCCAGAAAGCCAGUCCCCGUCUCCGCCGUCCCAAAGUCAAAGUCCACCAGCCAGAAUUGGAAAAUGAGGAGGAAGAUGAUGUUCCUGAGAUCGAGUACAUGCCGCCCAAGGAAGUCCCACUUCCAGACGACAUGGAUGACUAUGUUCCUUCGGACCUGAAGUAUCCCAUGUUCGAGGGGAAGAAUGCUACUCGUGGCAUGUGGGAAGUGUAUCACAACCCAAUUGAAGAUGAUGGUCGUACGCGAGGUCAACGCGAAUUUGAAGAAGGCCUAGAACGCGACAAGAAGCAGCGGGACGAAGAAUUUGACAAGCUAUUCAAUGCGCAAUGGGAGAAAGAUCAAGAGGAAACAAGCAGGUACUUUGGUGUAGAGCCGCUGAAGAAAGUAGCUCCUCAACCCUCACUCAAGCCCGGAGACCCCAAGAAGAAACACGCAACUGGCCCUUCCACCAUCAAGGCUCGCUCUGCCGUUGCUGCUCUAUCAGAUACUUCGAAGCCCGAUUUCGCCGCGUCUAGAGUAGCCAACAAGUCACGAACUGCCGGAGACCUGAACCCUAUGAAGAAGGCUCCCAAGCCAGUCGCUUCUCCAUCGACCACCCGCCAUGCCGCCGCAACAGCUGCCUCAAAAAGUACAAUCGGCUACGCCAAAGGUCGUGCAACCGCCACCAACGCUGCACCCCGCAAGCCCCUUUCCAAUGUCACCAAACCAGCUCCCUUCUCCGCCGUCACCCGUCGUCCUACAUCUACCGCCCCCAGCACGACCACCUCACGUACCCGAGCUCCGAGCACCUCUACCGUGGCAUCUACAGGUGCCUCCGUCCCUAGGCCUCGCACCGCCUUCUCGCGCUCGAGCUCCACCUCCACCCAGGAUACGCUGGUCGCGCCGCCCCAGGAAGAGCCGCAGCCGGUGCGCACGGCCGAGGAUGUGGAGCGCGAGAUGGAGCGCUUGUUUCUGGAAGAUUCGGAGGGAGAAGAAGCGGAUGCAUGGGCGAAUAGCUUUUCAGAGCAGCUUGGUGGUGUGGACCCGUUUGAGGAGGACUUGGAGGGGUUCCAGAUGCAGCUGCCUGAGGGGUUGUAGAU